UUAGACCCACCCAGGAAUGUCUCAGUGUCCAUCAUUCAGUCUGGUCAGAUUUGGGCAGGAGAUUCAGUGACUCUGAUCUGCAGCAGUGAUUCAAACCCUCCUGCUCUGAACUUCAGCUGGUUUAAGGAGAAUGAAAGCUCAGCUGUUGGGUCUGGACAGAGUUUCAGUGCACUACAGAGUGGACGCUUCUACUGUCAGGCUCACAAUCAACAUGGAUCUCAGAGAUCAGACGCUGUAACUGUCACAGUUCAUCAUGGUGCUGGAAGGAAUGUGAUUGUGAUCGCAGCGACAUCUGGAGGAUUAUUCUUCAUCAUCAUCAUCAUCAUCAUCAUCCUCUUUAUAAUAAAGAAGCGAAGGAGUGUUAAAUCUGAAGAACUCACACUGGAAGAGCUCUUUGAUCUAAAAGAAGACACAUGUCAAGAUCUUGAGGUCAAGUCCACGACCUCAGACCUGUACGACACACUCCCAAUCUCUGAUCCCAAUGAAGACACAUAUACAGCUUUUGAUUCCAAGCCCACGACCUCUGACCUAUACAACACUCUAACAAUCUCUGAUCCCAAUGAAGACACAUAUACAGCUCUUGAGCUCAAGUCCACGACCUCUGACCUGUACGACACACUCACAAUCAACAGGAAAAUGCUGCAAUAAGAGGCAGAGCAUGAAGGAACCAAUCCUGAGAUCUGUGGGCGGAGCCACUGCUGAUUGGAAGGGAUCAAUUUAGUGAUGAGUCACAAAGUGUUUUAUUUCAGUGUAGUUAUAUGCCAGUUUUAUUUCAGUGCUCAACAUUAUCUGCCUCAGUUAUUCUUAUAUCUUGUGUUGCUGUAAUUUUCCAUUCAAUCAAGAUAAUUAAUUCAUUAAUCGUGUGACUAUUGAAUAUUAAUGAUGAACACCUGCUGUUAAAAAUCACCAUUUUAAAGUCACCAUUAUGGAGAUCAGGGUUUGCUUUAGUUGUGCUCUUGUCUCUUGACUUUUUAAUAUUAGAUUUUGUUUGGCUUCUGUAACUGAGUUGUAACAGUCAGAUAAGCAAAAAGGAAAGAUGAUCAUGUGUUGUUGGUUAUGUUUUCACAUAAUCAUUAUUUGAUCUGAACUCAUUUAGAGCCCGAUCUCUGAGCUAGAUUUACAUUAUUGAUUACAGCAGCACUGUGAUUCUACAGCAGAAGAUCCAGCUUUUUUUUUUAUAUAAUCCAAAGGCUUUCUUAAAAGUUGUUGCUGAUCAAAAAAAAAAAAAAAAGUUAAAAUUAAGUCAAAGUCAGUACACUGAAUCAAAUGAUAAUUGUGCACAUUCACAAUGAACAAUGUAUCGUUUUAUAGUCUCAGAGUGCUCAAUAUCAUCUGCCUCAGUUUAUUCUCUCUUUUGUGUUGCUGUAACUUUCUCUUUAAGUGAUUAGUUUUAUUUUUGACCAUCUCAAAUGUACUUGUACAAACCCUCAAACUACCACCAGAGGUCACCAUCUCCUGCUACUGCAUCACCUGUAAAUUACAAUUAUUCCUCUUCAUGUGUAUGUUGUUUUAUCUUGUACUGGUUUAAAAUACGUUUAUAUAUCAGCAUUAUAAUUCUGAACACAUCCAUUCCUAAAUGUCCUCUU